AGCAGCCGACUGGUUGUCGCUUAUUUAUUUAUUAUUUUUUUUUCCCCAUGUAACUUUGGAAUAAUGUGCCUAUCUUGUAGAGGUGGCAAUAAAAUAGCCUAAGUCAACCAAGGUUAGUUGAAUACUGUUAUUCAUUUAACUUGACUUGAUGGAGCUACUCGCUCUGUACCUCCCACUCUCAUGGAAACGUUCUCUUCUAUCAUGGGUGAUCAACCUAUUUCCAAUAGAAGGUAUUUUGCCAUCUUAAUCGGGAUCGAUGCUUACCCGCGCAGACCUUUGAGGAGCUGCGUACAGGAUGUCCACACGAUUAAGGAAUGUUUCGAGAGAGAAAUGAGUUCUGUGCAUAUCCAACUUCUCACAGCAAGCGAGAGCUACAACUUAGGGAUGACUAUGCCACUUCCAAGCCCUUCUCUCUGGCCAACGCUCACUAAUGUGAUUUCGGCUCUUGAAAGUGCCACGUCCAAAGCGAACUGUGGAGACUUUAUCUAUAUCCACUAUUCUGGUCAUGGAACUAGACUGGAACCAAUUUUUGACUUCUCGAACUCUUCGACCGGAGAUUUAGCGUUAGUUCUCCUCAAAAAGGAUGGCAGUGCAGAGGAAUUCUUGAAGGGCCCACGGCUAGCUGGGCUUCUAAAAGCCAUGGUAGACAAGCAGUUGGUCGUCACCCUCGUCCUAGACUGCUGCUUUUCUGCAAGCGUCUAUCGCAAUACUGACCACAAUAUUCGAUAUCUCCCGUUAGACCUAAUGGUAGCUUCGACGUACCCAGAAGAUGCAGAUGGCAGCCUCACUAGCGGGGCUACUUGUUCUUUGUACCGCGAUGCAUCUAUGCGAGACAACUGGCUCCUAGAUCCGGACCGGUAUGCUAUACUUACCGCAUGCGGACCACAUGAAAACGCCCAGGGGGGCCAUGAUGGGGAAUAUAAGAAGGGAGAGGACACCGUAUGGCAUGGUGCCUUAUCUUACUUCCUAUCCAAAGCCUUGGCCGACUAUGGAUUCGGGAGGAGACACGUGGAUAUCCACCGUCAUCUGUGUGCUAAAUUCAGGGAAUUCGACAAGGCACAACAUCCUGUCCUGUUUGGAAAUGGGGAUCAGGGGUUCUUCGGUCCGGUCGACCAGGACUGUAGUGUGAGGUCGAUCUGCGUAGUCAAGCGUGAUGGAAAAUCCCAGCUACUGGCAGGCCAGGCACAUGGCAUCCGCGAUGGCGACCAAUUCUUUUUGUCGCCUCAGGGCUUGAGAACUUGUCAUGGCGCUGAAGGAGAUUGCGUUGCGAAUGUCUCCUGCGCUGGGCCUUUGACGUCCGAGUUGGAAUUGAAUAUUCCACAAGGUCUUCAAACGGGAUGGAUGGCAAAACAACUCACCUGUUCAUAUCUCACAAGUUUUCCGAUUCAAUUGGCAUCAAAUCUUCCACAAUAUGAUCAACUGCUGGCGCAGCUUAACCGACGGUCGCUUGGUGCUUCUGUCGAUACUGAUAAAGCCCCGGUGUUUCGGAUUGUGUUAAGCGAUAAUGACGAAUAUGAAAUCCUGAAUGAGUCUGGUCAAAAAAUCAUAAACAUACCAACUAUGCCACGAAAUCAAACAAACAUCAAUCACCUCUACGAAACCUUAGAACACUUGGCUCGGUUUAGGAUGGCUAAGGAGUUGACUAACCUGUCGCCUACAUGUUCUUUCCGAGAGUCGUUCGACCUUCGAAUGAUUAUGGAUGGGAGAGACUUCAGUUCAGGAGAAUGUAUAGAGGUUCAGCAUAACGAUAUUGUGGAAAUAUCUAUGCAGAACAAAGGAGAUACAAACCUCUAUGCUCACGUGUAUGACUUAGGUCCCUGUUGGCAGGUCAGAUGUAUCCUGAAAAGCACUUAUCAAACCGUUCUUCCAUGGAAAGAUUGGUGGAACAAGUCGCAAUCGAAUACUCUCCGCCUAAAGAUCAAGAUGACGAUUCCGCUUAUUAUGGACAACUCGUGUGAGGAUGUCAUCAAAAUCUUUAUCACGUCCCAACCGACAUCGUUUGACCUGCUAGAGCUGCCUAAGCUUGAUGAACUGGCAAAAAGGAAUAACGGAGAUAUGAUCUCGCAUCGCCCCUGCAAUGUAUUGGAAGACUGGACAGCAUUUGAUUUUCCUAUCCGCAUAUCACGAUAAACUUGAACGCAUUAAUCAAAUCUAACUGCUCGUACCUACCUAGGUACUAGAGGUAAAGUGGCUACGCCUUUACUCGCACUUGGCUUUAUGAGAGAUGGAGUGUACUUGCUAGGAAGGUGCAAGUCACACUGUAGGGGUAUAUUAGGUCACCACUCUUAGAUUGAGCUUCAAGCUAUUUUUCAGCAAUACAACAUUAUUACCCCCCUAAUAUUGAUCUAUGAGCUAGCUAGUCUUUUGGUUAAAUCCUAAUCCAUAACUACCUAGGUACCUAGGUUCAAAAGGAUUUCCUUCACAUACAGGAGGAUAUAGUAGGAGGAAAGGGGAAUACCAUAUUAGGUAGGUAGCUAUGAUUUACCAUCAAUUCCUUUUUUUUUUUUUUAAUGCUGAAUAAGUUUAAGAUACGGGAU